AUGUCUGCCUUUGAAGAGCAACCAGUUUCAAUACAGGUUCAAGAAGGAGGAGUCGCUCGGUUCGCCUGUAAGAUAACUGCCAAUCCUCCAGCUCUUAUUAUUACGUGGGAAGUAAAUCGCACUGCUCUUCCUCUUGCCAUGGACAGGAUUACUGUGUUAUCGAAAGGAAUUCUUCAGAUCUAUGGUGUAACAAAGAAGGAUGUUGGAAAUUACAGAUGUGUAGCUACCUCUAUAUCAAACCGACGAAAGAGUGCUGAAGCAACUCUGACUGUAGUACCAGCCACACCAAUGCAGCCUUUAAAGACACCGGUAAUCAUAGCACCUCCUCAGAACACAACAGCCUCUCUGCACCAAACUGUUACACUGGAGUGUAUGGCUACAGGAAACCCAAAACCUAUAGUGUCCUGGAGCAGGCUGGAUCAAAAACCCAUUGAUGUCUUCAACACAAGAGUGCUGGGGAAUGGAAACCUUGUUAUAGCCGAUGUGAAGGUACAACAUGCAGGGGUAUAUGUGUGUAGAGCAACAAUUCCGAGAACUCGGAACUUCACAGUGGCAAUGGCUAGUGUUGCAGUUCUAGCUCCAUCCUUUGUUGAACGGCCAGAGAGUUUGACAAGACCACGUGCAGGAACAGCUCGUUUUGUAUGUCAAACUGAAGGAAUUCCAAUUCCAAAAAUCUCAUGGCUCAAGAAUGGAAGAAAGAUACAUUCUAAUGGAAGAAUCAAAAUGUACAAUAGUAAAUUGGUAAUCAAUCAGAUUAUCCCUGAAGAUGAUGCAGUAUAUCAGUGCAUGGCAGAGAAUAGUCAUGGCUCCAUCCUUUCCCGGGCAAGACUUGUAGUGGUGAUGUCUGAAGACAGACCAAGUGCUCCUCGUCACCUUCGAGCUGAGACAGUGUCCAGUUCAGCCAUUAUAUUGUCGUGGGAAAGGCCGCUGUACAACUCAGAAAAAGUGAUUGCUUAUUCUGUGCAUUACAUGAAGGCGGAAGGUUUAAACAAUGAAGAAUAUCAAGGGGUCAUUGGGAAUGACACAAAUCACUUCAUUAUUGAUGACUUGGAUCCUGCCAGCAACUACACAUUUUAUAUUGUUGCCUAUAUGCCAAUGGGUGCAAGCCAGAUGUCAGACCAUGUUACACAGAACACACUUGAAGAUGUUCCACUGAGAGCCCCAGAACUUAGUUUGACAAGCCGCAGUCCUACAGAUGUUUUAAUCUCAUGGCUUCCCAUCCCAUCCAAAUUCCGUAGAGGAAAGAUCAUACUUUACAGACUGGCAUUUCGAAUGAGCACUGAAAGUUCUGUUCAAGUUCUAGAGCUCCCUGGCACUACCCAUGAGUAUUUCUUGGAGGGGCUGAAGCCAGACAGUGUCUACUUGGUUCGCAUAGCAGCAUCAACAAAGGUUGGAUGGGGAGAAUCGUCUGCCUGGACAUCCCAUCAAACACCCAAAGCGAGUAGCAUAAGAGCACCAAGGUCCCCAGAGCUGCGACUGGAUCCCCUAAACUGUACAACAAUAGCAGUGAGAUGGCAACAGGAUCCUGAGGACACUGCUACGAUCCAGGGCUACAAACUUUACUAUAAGGAGGAAGGACAACAAGAGAGUGGUCCGAUCCUGCUGGAUGUCAAGGACUUUGACUACAACAUUGGGGGGUUAGGUAAGUGUGUGAUGAACAGGAAUUAG